AUAUAAAUCCCUGCGUGAAACCUGGAUAUAAUAACACUGGAUAUUUUAUCUGGCGUCACGGAUAUCUAAAAAAUAAUCACAGUCGAAAAUUCGAAUAUCUCCAAUCCUGUAUGCAAAAUCGAUUUGAAAAUGAGGACGGCUUUUAUCUUUCAUCUCUAUUCUUUUACAAAAGUAUGUUGAAUUAAUAUAAACAAAAGAAAAACUUGUAUGACAUCUAUUAAAUUACAUAGAAAAAUGCGUUUUUAUGGCACCUCGAGGCUUAUUUUAUUGGAAUCAUGCAUCAUUUUUGGGAGAUACACCAUAUAGAAGACGUUGGGAUGUGGACGAAUAUUGUACAGAUUUUGAGCCUGGAUAUGAUGGUAAUCUGGGACAUUACAAGUGGCAUAGUGGAACACCUCCGAAAGAUCCGUGCGUUAAAUCCGUACGUAACGGUGGCGGGUAUUACAUUUGGCAUCAUGGAUCCAUAAAAGACAAUCAUACGUACUACACUGAUGAUAAACUGGGUUAUACUGCUGUCGGUCACUGCGCGCAAAUUUCUUUUAAACGUAACGGUGACGAUAAAGGCGAAAAGUAUGGAUUUUAUGAGUCGAACCGUGGACCACAUCCCAAGGAUGCAUGCGUUCUGUACGGGCCUCAUGGUAGUGUAGGUUAUUAUGUCUGGCAUCAUCCAUCACAUAUAAAAGAUCUUAUCGUGCCUAAAGUUGUGACCAUUGAGCCAGACUUACUAUAUCUCGUACUGCCUCAAGAUGAGAAGCCGGAACACAUUUUAGACGAGUUGGUACCGCCUGAAUCUAAGGUCAUGGGAUCAACUACACCACCAGAAGCAUACUUCUCCCCACGUCAAGCUUCAACCCGGAAAAAGUUUCUAAGUCGUGGGUUUUUUACUACCCAAAGACGUGUCCAAAAAACCAACUAUCCUAGAUAAAUCGUAAAUGUAUCCUAAUUUCUUUGUAAUAAAAAGACCUAGUAUCGUGUGAUAUAUAUCGCCCACAAAACGACAUCCAUUAGGUAUGUAUCCGCACUAUUUGGAAUUAUAUUGAAAAAACUUUUAUUUAUUGAAAACCAAAAGCACUAAUCAACCUAUAUCUGUCGAUACGGACGAUAAAUGAGUUUUAGAUAAGUGCACACUUUGCAAUAAUCUUCAGCGUUCUCCUGGUUUUCGUCACAACCUUUUUCGAAAAUUCUUUUCUGUUUAAUAUGACUUGCUAGAAUACGUCGAAAGUAAGAAGCAAUGUUCUGUUGGAUAAAGAUAGCUCAUCAGAAUAUGAAGAAUAUGGAUAGGUAUCGAAGGUGCAAGCGUAGUGAAGUCAACGUAGGCUUGUCAACGGGUUUUUUUGAAGCAACUCUGCUUGAUAGUGUAACAUCCAAAUUGACAAACCCUAUUUCAUAUUCGCCUUGGAAGAUUCAACUAUCAUUGACGAUUGAACUAAAAGGUUGGGAUGAUUAGCAUCGUUUAACUCUUCUUCCUUUAAUAGAAAAAUGUAUGACCUUCUUGGGUUCUUUGGUGAAACAAAUUGUGCUUCUUUUUUCAGAUUCAGACAUCUGAAUAUGAAAGCUGAUAUGUUGUGUGAUGUAUGAAUAUGUAAACAUUCAUCUUCGUUGAAAGUCUUCUCACGGUUUUCCACGCCACCCUUGACGUACCGUGAUAGACACGUUGCAAAUUAUUUUGAAUUGCUCGCUCCCCUUUAAGCCUACACCGUUAUAAAAUUAACAUAGAACUAUUAUAAUAAUCAAUAAUAUUAAAUAAAUAA